GAGGCUUUCUUAAUUUUAGUUUUUGUGAUGCAGGGUCUGGCUGUUGGUGGUGGUGAUGGUGGAGUUCUUAGGGAAAUUUCUUGCCAUAGUUCCACAGAGCAAAUUGAAAUUUGUGAAAUAGAUGAGAUGAUCAUAGAUUUACGUGAACUAUCUCUUGGAUUGGAGGAUCCUCAUGUCCAACUACAUGUUGGUGAUGCUGUUGAAUUUCUUCGGCAAGUUCCAGAAGGGAAGUAUGACACGGUUAUUGUCAAUUCUUCAGACCCUGUAGGUCCAGCUCAAGAGCUUGUAGAGAAACCAUUUUUUGAUACCAUAGCUAGAGCCUUAAUGCCUGGUGGUGUCCUUUGUAAUAUGCCUGAAAUGGUGGUGUUAAAUCAAAAUGGAUUAUUUACUUUUGCUGCAUGGGUAUUCGAACCUUUAGCCCUACUAGUGCCACGCAUACCAAGAAACUACUCUGUCCAGUGUCCACAAGCACUGGAUAAUACUCCACCCAAAGGUGGGACGUGGUCCAUUGUGAUUGCUGUUUACCAACAUGCUGAUGGAGGGAUAUGAACUUGUGUUUUCCACGUGGUUCACAUCCUUAGCCCUUUGUUCAACCCCAGAGGGUUACUUUGCCUUGGGUUUUGUUUUUCUGCUGGACAAUCUGUUAAACAUAUUUCACUUUCAUUUCUCUUUCCAUGCAGUGGUCUCAUUGGCUUUCUAAUAUGCUCCACAGAGGGUCCGCCUAUUGAUUUCGUGAAUCCCAUCAAUCCUAUUGAGAAAUUAGGAGUUGUCAAGCACAAAAGGGAACUCAGGUUUUAUAACACUGAGUUAAGAUCACUGCAUUCUUAACUUUUUUAUUUGAUAAACAAUUCUCUAAAUGCUUACUGUGUUCUUAAUGGAAAUCUUUAUGGAUGUGAGAAAUUUCCAUGCUUUCCUUUUUGUAUGUUGAUGUUUUUGCCAACCAGAUAAUUUCAUCUUUAGUUAAGGGAAGAUGCACAGAGCUGCUUUUGGAUUGCCUACAUUUCUGAAGAGGGAGUUUCUCCCAACAGUUAACUAGUCAUGCUGUUAUAUGCUUGCCAUGUGGAAAACAUGUGUUUAAAAGUAUUUUCCUUCUAUUCUCUUCAAUUCGGAGAUUUCCACUCCGAAAUUAACCUCAUCUCAUUCUAUGUCCGAGUUCGUUUCUUACUUGACGACUCUACUUUUCUGCAAUUUAGAGCUAAACCAGCCAGCAGGCGCCGUCACCAGAGAAAAGAUAAGAGGUAGCAAAGAAGGGGAAUGUUGUAAUCGAGAAAAAAAGCAGACAGAGAAUACAAAGAUGAAGAUGAUGAUGAUGAUGUGAAUAAGGAGACAGGUGAGAUCGGUGGCCCUAGAGGCCCUCAGCCUACUCGUUGCUGCUAUGAUUUAUAAAAUAUUUCAUCAAUU